UUGCAGCUGAAGGCACAUUUUGCCCAUUUAAAGAUGCUGCUUUGACCGGCAGGUGAAAAUUACAUUUUUAAAUUUUUCUUGGAAGGUUAGAUACACAAUCCAGUGCGAAUAGUGACAAUCUGGUUGGAAAUUUGUAUAUAUGUGAUGGUAAGGGUGACCAAGAUUCAUAGGAAAGAAACUGAAUUGUAGGUGAGACUUAGAAGGGUAGUUGAGAUGGAUUUGGUUUCUGUCAAUAGGUUCUUGUGUCUUGUCUUCCUCUUGUUUUGCUUUCUGAAAUUCGAUAGAGUUGUAGAAGCAGCACGAAUCCAUUUCAAUAGUGAAAUUCGCUUGCCAUCAGAUAGGGAAGAUGAAGCUGGGGGGACCAAAUGGGCUGUUCUCAUUGCAGGCUCUGCAGGAUACUCAAACUAUAGACACCAGGCUGAUGUUUGCCAUGCAUACCAAAUUCUUAAAAAAGGGGGGCUGAAAGAUGAAAAUAUUGUAGUGUUUAUGUACGAUGAUAUAGCACAUAAUCCUGCAAAUCCCAGACCAGGGAUUAUCAUCAACCAUCCUGAAGGAGAAGACGUCUAUGCAGGUGUUCCUACGGAUUACACAGGAAGUGAGGUAAAUACAGAUAACUUUUAUGCUGCUAUCCUUGGAGAUAAGGAUGCCGUAAAAGGUGGAAGUGGAAAAGUUGUUGCCAGUGGUCCUAAUGACCAUAUCUUCAUUUACUACACCGAUCAUGGAGGACCAGGAGUGCUUGGAAUGCCAAGCGGUCCUUUCCUCUAUGCAGAGGAUCUUAUUGAUGUUUUGAAGAAAAAAUAUGCUGCUGGAACCUACAAAGAAAUGGUAUUUUAUCUAGAAGCAUGUGAAAGUGGAAGCAUAUUUGAAGGUUUACUUCCAGAGGGAAUGAAUAUAUAUGUUACAACAGCAUCUAAUGCAGAAGAAAGCAGUUGGGGAACAUACUGUCCUGGAAUGAUCCCCUCUCCUCCUCCAGAAUUUGACACCUGCCUUGGAGACCUGUACAGUGUAGCUUGGAUGGAAGACAGUGAAGAGCACAACACCGUAUUCGAAACCAUAAAGCAGCAGUAUGUAGUGGUGAAAGAAAGAACAUUAAACGAUGGUUCAUACAUGGGCUCCCAUGUGAUGCAAUAUGGUGACAUUCCCAUCAGUGAGGAAUCAUUAUCCUUCUAUGUGGGCUUUGAUCCUGCCAAUGCUAAUGCUACCUUUGAGAACAGUUUACCACGAUAUCUUAAGGAUAAAAACCCUACAUCUAUAAAUCAGCGUGAUGCAGAUCUUCUCCACCUGUGGCAAAAGUAUCAGAGAUCCAAGGUUGAUUCCCCAGAAAAAUUGAAGGCUGAAAAAGAACUCACUGAAGCCAUGGCACAUCGUUCACAUGUGGAUACAAGCAUAAAGCUUAUUGGAAAGCUUUUGUUUGGAUCAGAAAUAGGCUCCUCUGUUUUGAGUGCUGUACGACCACGUGGGCAAUCUUUGGUUGAUGAUUGGGACUGCCUUAAAGCAUUGGUACACACAUACGAAUCCCACUGUGGACCACUUUCCCAGUAUGGGAUGAAACACAUGCGUUCUCUAGCAAAUAUCUGUAACAAAGGUAUUGGUGUGGAUACCAUGGCUGAAGUUUCAUCUGAGGCAUGCACUCAAAUCCCAGCUGUGAAAUGGAGUUCACUCGUAGUUGGCCACACUGACUGAUCACUCAUAAUGCAAAAAUAAUUUCAAGAAAGAUUUCCCUGUAAUUAUGUAAAUAUCAUCUUAAUCUAUUUCAGAUUGGUAAUUAAGCUGAAAUUAGAGCAUUCAGUAAAAACUUAUUAUAGAUAUUAUAGAAAGUCUACUUUGUAGCUUUGUUUCCAGUUGGUUUCCAUCAUACCGAUUCAUGUAAUGCCAUAACAGUGAUGUUUCUGGAGUUGAAGGCUAUGCAGCCAUUCAAAAUCCAAAUAUGUAAUGUGCAGCAUCACUGCUAUUGCCAGACUUAAAAUGAGGAUCAAACAAAGAGAAAAAAAUGGAACCUUCUCAGCAGAUGUAUUGAGAUAUAUUUGAUCUAUAAAAUUCAGUUCAGCAUCUUAUAAUUA